AUGGAAGGUGAAAGCACAAUAGGCGCCCAGCCAAUGGACGACGAACCUUUGUUCGGAGCUCUGGAUGUCGUGCUCCUGGCUGGCAUCGUUGGUGUCGCCACGUGGUGGUACAUGAAGAACAAGAAGAAGAAAGAAGAAACUCUCACUGUUAAAUCGUACUCUAUACAGCCAACUAGUACAAGUACAUUGGCAGUAGCAGAAAACUCGUUCAUCAAGAAAUUGAAGAGCUCAGGUCGUAGUCUAGUAGUGUUUUAUGGAUCUCAGACGGGUACUGGUGAAGAAUUUGCCGGUCGCCUAGCCAAAGAAGGAAUACGAUAUAAAUUAAAGGGAAUGGUAGCAGACCCAGAAGAAUGUGAUAUGGAAGAAUUGGUUAGCAUGAAGUCUAUACCAAAUUCACUUGCGGUGUUCUGCUUAGCUACGUAUGGUGAAGGAGAUCCAACAGAUAACGCCAUGGAGUUCUUCGAAUGGAUCCAAAACGGUGACGCCGAUCUCACGGGUCUUAAUUAUGCCGUUUUUGGACUUGGAAAUAAAACCUACGAACAUUACAAUGAAGUUGCAAUUUAUGUUGAUAAACGAUUGGAAGAGUUGGGGGCAACGAGAGUACAUGAGCUUGGACUUGGAGAUGAUGAUGCAAAUAUUGAAGAUGAUUUCAUUACCUGGAAGGAUAAAUUUUGGCCAGCAGUUUGUGAUUUCUUCGGAAUUGAGAGCACUGGAGAAGAUAUUCUAACUCGUCAAUACAGACUGUUUGAACAUAAAGAUGAACCAGUUCCACCAGAAAGAUUGUUUACAGGAGAAAUUGCACGUUUACAUUCUUUACAGAACCAAAGACCACCAUUUGAUGCUAAAAAUCCUUAUCUUGCACCAAUGAUCCUUAAACGAGAAUUACACAAAGCGGGUGAUAGAAGUUGCAUGCAUAUUGAGUUUGAUAUUAGUGGAUCGAAAAUGCGAUAUGAUGCUGGUGAUCAUUUAGCUAUGUAUCCGGUGAAUGAUGAAGAUUUAGUAUCCAGGUUGAGUCAGAUAACGGGCAGUGAUUUAGAUACUGUAUUUUCUUUAAUUAACACGGACACUGAUAGCAGCAAGAAGCAUCCCUUCCCUUGCCCAACAACUUAUCGUACUGCACUGACACAUUAUUUAGAAAUUACUGCAAUUCCGAGAACUCAUGUCUUAAAAGAACUUGCUGAAUACUGCUCUGAUGAAAAAGAAAAAGAUCAAUUAAAAUUAAUGAGCUCAACUGCUCCAGAAGGAAAACAAUUGUAUCAAGAUUGGGUUGUUGACCAGAACCGUAAUAUUGUGCAUAUUUUAGAAGAUCUGCCAUCAUGUCGUCCUCCAAUUGAUCAUCUGUGUGAAUUGUUACCUCGCUUACAACCACGUUAUUACUCAAUUUCAAGUAGUGCUAAGCUGUUUCCUACCACAGUUCAUAUCACUGCUGUUCUAGUGAAGUAUAAAACUCCAACUGGUAGAAUCAACAAAGGUGUUGCAACAUCUUGGCUGGCCAAGUUCAACCCCAGUCCUGAGAAACCUCAAGUUGUGCCUAUAUUUAUUAGAAAAAGUCAAUUCAGACUGCCAACCAGGUCUCAGACUCCAAUUAUUAUGGUUGGUCCUGGUACAGGUUUGGCUCCUUUCAGAGGAUUUAUACAAGAAAGAGAUUUGGCCAGGCAACAAGAUAAAACUGUUGGAGAUACUAUCUUAUACUUUGGUUGUCGCAAGAAGUCUGAAGAUUACUUAUAUGAAGAGGAACUUCAAGAAUAUAUUAAUAAGGGCACUCUUAAAAUUCAUGUUGCAUUCUCAAGGGAUAAAGCUGAAAAGGAAUAUGUCACUCAUUUACUAGAGAGAAAUGGUGAUGAGUUAUGGAAUGUCAUUGGUGAAAAUAAUGGCCACUUAUAUAUUUGCGGAGAUGCCCGGACUAUGGCAAGUGAUGUUCGCAACAUAGUUUUGAAAGUGAUUAUGUCCAAAGGCAACAUGAAUGAACAACAAGCUCAAGCUUACAUCAAGAAAAUGGAAGCACAGAAAAGAUAUAGCUCUGAUGUAUGGAGUUAA